UCGGUUUGACACGGUGAGCGAGUCGGGAACGGCCACGCUAAAACCUCGGCCCAGGGUCCGGCCCCUGCUGACCUUCCUUCCACUGAACGCACAGGAGAACCAUGGACUGGCCGUACCCACCCCGUCUGUCCCAGAAGGCUUUGCAGACCAAGACGUGACAGGCAUCCCCUCCACUUGCCGGGUUUGCGAAAGCCCCCAAACCCAGACCACCCAGCCCAGAGGACACUGCCUCCUGCGCCCCUGUGGACUGGAGAGACCCCAGCCAGAUGGAAAAGCUUCGUAGCGAGCUGGCAGCCUAUCUCUGCGGCUCCAGGAGGGAGAACCGGCCCCUCAGUCACAAGCCAGCCCAGGGCCAGGAGAGCCCCAAAGGCCCCAAGCUGCUUGAGAAAGGGGCUCCCCCGAGCUUGCCUGAGAAGGGGGCUCCCCCGAACUUGCCUGAGAAUGGGGCUCCCCCGAGCUUGCCCGAGGAGGCUCCCCCAAGUGUUCCUGAGAAGAAGAUCCCCCCAAACAGCACCCUACCAGAGAAAGAAGCGGCCACCACCACCAGCCUGCCCCUGCCCCCUGUGGACUACAUCCCCCAGGACACCACACUGCCCAGUGUCCGGCAGAUCCGGGAGAAGCUGGAGGCCCAGUUUUCCCCCUCGGCAGAGAAGGAAACCAAGCCCGGCUCGGGGUCCUUGCCACCCAAACCUCUGCCUGAAGUGCGCAGAAUCUUUGAAAACGGGGCUGCUAAGGGCAGAGGCUCUCAACCUGUGGCUAAGAACCUGCCACCUGCGUCCAUCACAUCCCUGCCAGCGAAGCCACUCCAGCCCAAGCCCACAACUGGACCAGCCACACCACCCAAGGCCAUGCCUGGACCCCUUACACCAUCGGCCACUCCACCUGCCACACCGGCCCAGCUGACGGCCGGGAAGGAUCCGGUCCCCGCAGAGCAAGGUGAAAAGCCCAUGGGAUCACCAGGGCUUGUGGUGCACCCCCAGCCAGAGGCAAAGGCGCCCCCCUCAACAGCCAGUAAGCUGCCUGCCCAGGGUGGGUCUUCAGCUCCGGCCCUUCCACCCAAGACAUCCUCCACCCAGGGGGAGGGGCUGUGUCUCUACAAGCCCCAUCGCCCCCUGAACAGCCCCAGUCAGCAGGCUGCUGUGACAAGGCCCAAGCUGGACAGAGGAGAGGCUGCAGGGCCAGAGGUGACUGUGGGAGCGAAGGAGCCCCCGGCGCUGUUAGACAAGAACCCCGUCUCACCGCCACCGGCUGAGGAACUCCUCAGGCACCCAGUGACUGGGGAGGUGGUGGAGCGCGGGUCGCCCAUGGCCCUGCUCCUCGCAGCACGUCAGAGGGCUCAGAAGGGCCGGCCUGGGGGGGCUGCCCUCGGCCGGUCCUCCCUGCCAGGGAGUCUCCGAGGCCCCCGCAGUCCACCCGAGGCAGGCUCUGACAGCAUCGUGUACAAUGAGGGCCUGCCCAAUUCCUUCACCGUGGUCCCCAAGCCGUCUAAGGACACCAGGAAUGACCGCCAGCCAGACUCCUCGGCGCAGCCCACGGAACCCAGCCAGUGGAAGCCCCAGCCCCUCGGAACCUCGCAGGGUUCAGAGUCCAGCCUCCGCGGGCACAACUGGACCAAGGCGGAGCCCCGUGCCCAGGGCAGCGCCUGGGACAGAUCGGCUCCCUGCAACCCCACGCAGGGCCGCCCGCUGCCCAAGUCCUCCUCCUCUCCGUCCUCUCCCUCCUAUAGGAGAGAGGAGUUCAGCUUCGAGGUCAUCCCGCCGCCUCCGGAAUUCAAUGACCCUGACCCCCCAGCCCCGAGUAUCCAGUAUCCGGGCCACCGGGGCUCCCCACCCCGAAACAGCUUCUCGGACUUGGGGCAGACCCUGGACUCCUGCGCUCGCAGCUCCUCGCGCUUCCCUUCGGCUGCGCGCUGCGCGGAGGGCAGGGCCGCGGGCCCGGAGCGCUUCUCGGCCGGGGGCCGGUCCUCGCUCAUCAAGAAGCGCCUGUACGUCGGGGAGGUUUGA